AUUUAUAAUUUUAUACUUCAAAUCAUAUUUCUCAUCAACCCAAAAAGAAAAAGGUGAAGUGUGCAACAUACAAAAAGAAAACCUACACCACUUUCAUUUCCCUUUCACUAUAUUUAUUCUUAGUCUUUUCACCUUCUUCUUUCAUGGAUCUCAUUUCAAUUUUGAUCAAUGGUAUUCCUUUGUUUUACCUACUCUAUUUGAUAUGGAAGAUUCUAGAUCGAAAGAAACACCAAAAUUGUUACAUUUUGGACUACGAAUGUCACAAGCCAACCGAUGAUCGAAUGCUUAGCACAAAAUUUUCAGGCGAAAUAAUUAGGAGGAACAAACACCUUGGCUUAAAUGAGUAUAAGUUCCUCUUGAAAGCUCUUGUUAGCUCGGGCAUCGGUGAACAAACGUAUGCACCACGAAUGGUGUUUUAUGGCCGUGAAGCAUGUCCUACUUAUGAAGAUGGGAUCUUGGAGAUGGAAGAAUUUUUCCAUGAUAGUAUUGACAAGCUCUUAAAGAGGAACAAAACUUCCCCAAGUGAAAUCGAUGUCCUAGUGGUGAAUAUAUCAAUGUUAGCUUGUAUGCCAUCAUUGGCUGCAAGAAUAAUCAAUUACUACAAGAUGAGGGAAGACAUCAAGGUGUACAACAUCACUGCGAUGGGGUGUAGUGCCACCCUCAUAUCCAUAAAUAUUAUUCAAAGUAUUUUCAAGAAUGAAAAGAACAAGGUUGCACUUAUGGUGACAUCCGAGUCCUUGAGCCCAAAUUGGUACACGGGGAACGAUAAAUCUAUGAUUCUUGCUAAUUGUUUGUUUAGGUCAGGGGGUUGCGCGAUUUUAUUGACAAACAAAUUGGCUUUAAAAAACAAGGCCAUACUCAAGUUGAAGCAACUAGUUAGGGUACACCAUGGUGCAAAAGAUGAAUCCUAUAAUAGUGUUGUACAAAGGGAAGAUGCUCAAGGUAACCUAGGGUACCACCUUGAUAAAACACUACCAAAGGCAGCAACACGUGCACUAGUCGAUAAUUUGAAACAAAUUGCACCCUUGAUUCUUCCGGUGAGGGAGCUACUUCGAUUUGCAAUCGUGUUAUUUGUGAAAAGAAUGAAUCGGGGCUCAAUAAAUGGAGGACCUAGGCCAGUGAUCAAUUUCAAAACAGGUGUGGAUCAUAUUUGUCUACAUACUGGAGGGAAAGCAGUGAUUGAUGGAGUUGGUGCAAGUUUGAAUCUAAGUGAGUAUGAUUUAGAGCCAGCAAGAAUGACAUUGCAUAGAUUUGGUAACACUUCAGCAAGUAGCCUUUGGUAUGUUUUAGGGUACAUGGAGGCCAAAAAAAGGCUUAAAAAAGGUGAUAAAAUGCUUAUGAUUAGCUUUGGAGCAGGAUUUAAGUGUAAUAGUUGUUUGUGGGAAGUGUUAAGAGAUAUGGGUGAUGGAAAUGUGUGGAAAGAUUGCAUUGAUAAUUAUCCACCAAAUACUUUGGUGAAUCCUUUCUUGGAGAAAUUUGGAUGGCUACACGAUCAUGAAGAUGCAGAUACAUUCCAUAUUCCAGAUGACUAUGUUAUCCCAUGAGUUUUUGUUUUCCCCAAAAAAACGGUCUCAUAUUUUUUCUUGCUUAAUAAUAGCCAGCUUCUUUUUCCUGUACUUUUACUUUACAUUUAUUUUUCUACAUUUGGUUUCUUUCUGGGUUUGGGACAAUUUAAAGAUCUCAUUGCUUCUUUUAUUAUUGUUUUCGAUAUAUGUAAUAGUGAAAGUUGUUCUUGUUGAUCCAUUGGUGGAUUCAUUUCCCAGUAAUUAGGCGUUUGUCUUAUAUCAAAGGAAAUUGUUCCAUGUAUGUCUGUACCAAAACUAAUCAUUUUAUUGUUAUUCUUAGUAUUUUCUUCGUUUUA